UUUUUCCCCCGACUCUUCUCUGUUAUUUUACUUUGAAACAAUAUCCGGUAAGCCACCGGAAUUGCCAAACAGUUAUUGGUACUGUUAUUCUGUACCGAAGUCCGAAGGUUAAGAACACAUACAGCACUAUAAUAAAUCCGGCUAUAUUCAUCAGUUUAAAAUUUAAUUUAGAGUACUUAAAUUAACAUGUUUAUACGCUCCGAGUAAAUAACAUUUACAUUGAACAUAACCUAAAUAAGGAGUGAAACACUGCGAGGCAGCGAUAGCGUUAUCAGCCUACAGCUAUCGACGAAAGAGGAUACAAAAAAAAGAAAGGAUUUGGGUGGGGCUUUCAGUAUAAACAAACAAUUCAACCGGAAAACAUGGCCGACGACGACAGCAGGCGUGGUGUAACCAGUGUGGCAGAUGCCGACUCGGCUGAGCAAAGCACUAACAGCGGUGACAAUCCACAGGCUGAAUCAAAAGCGGUGACAGAUGACGUUGCAGUUGCCAGUCAACCCACUGAGGUGACACCAGAAGACAAGACGAUUCCAGAUACCCCCAAAGCUUCUGCAGAGGUGAUCACGUCUGCCACAAGAGAUUCAGAAGAAACCAAGAAUCGGUUGGCCAAGGCCAGAGAAGAGCUUAACAAAGCAAGAGAGGAAUCGGCUAGAGCUAGGGAUGAAGUUGAAAAAGCAAAAAAAGAUCUUGCUGUGGCUAAGCAGGACACCUCAUCAACAAUCCAAGUUGCAGUUGAAAAGCCAUCAGCAGAAGUCAAUGUUGCUGCUUCAGAAUCCACCCCGAAAGUAGAAACAGAAAUAGAUAAGCCUAGUAAAGCGGAAGAAGCUCCAGCUGUCACUGAACAUGUUGAGAAUAGCAAGAAAGAGGAAAAACCAGAGAUACAACCAGAAACCCCUAAAGAAGAAAAGCUGGUACCCGAAGAUUCCAAAAACUCAAAUCAAAAUUGUGAAGCUACUGAACCAAACGAGGAAGUUGGAGAAGACAAACCUGUCACAGCCCAUGAAUCUCAGUCAGCAGUAGAAACUAAAACAGUCGAAGAGGAAGCUAAGGUAGAAGACACAGUAGUGACUGCUGACAAUUCAAAUGCCACCAAGGAAAUUCAAGUAGAGAGCAACAAAGAGGUGGAAACACCAGUUGGAGCAACAGAGGAAGUGCAGGAAGAGUCUCAUGUGGAAGAAAAACAACCUGAAAGCAGUAAAGACGAAGAAGGUGAGAUAGUUGAAGGUGAAAACGAAGAAGGUGAAAACGAAGAAGGUGAGCUAGUUGAAGAUGAAGAAGGCGAAGAAGUUGAAGGAGAACAUGAAGAAGAAGAGGUUGUAGAAGGUGAACGGGAAGAAGGCGAUGGAGAAGAAAGUGACGACGAAGAUGCUCCAGCCAAGCCGUUAGAUGAUGAUGAAGACCGUCGAAACCCUCAAUAUAUUCCAAAAAGAGGUGGCUUUUAUGAACACGAUGACCGAAAUCGUGAAGAAGUUGAAGAGGCAGCUGCUGAAGAGCCUGUAGCCGGAGUAGAGGUCGAAAAACCGAAGAAGACGAGAAGUGAAGCCAUCGAUCGUUGGGGUCAUGAUAUGUUUGACCCAAAUCAGCAAGUGCCCAAGAGUGAUCAAGAGUUGGUUGAUCUCUACGGAUACGACAUUCGCCAGGAAGAAGGAGCUCCGAGGGCGCGCCGUCGCAGACGUUAUGGUCGUGGCCCUAACAAGUACGAUCGUACAUGGGAAGAUGAAGAUGCUUAUUCUCGGCCUCGCGGACGUGGUGGUGUUGCCUCAAGAGGUGGUCCCUCAGAACGUGGCUCUGGAUUUGAACGCAAUCCCGAUUCCCGUCCGCGCACGCAGCGCCAAGAAAUGCCCAAAAAGGAUGAAUUCCCCGCAUUAUCGGAUGGCAAACAGGAGCCCAAGGCCCAGGGAGAGACUGCCCCAAAGCAAUCUUCCCAAUCCAAUUGGAGAGAAGGUGAAAGAGGAAUUGGAAUGACUGGAGGCAACGAACGUCGCGGCGGUGGUAACAGCAACAAUAGCAAUAACAGUAAGGCGAACGCUGUUUCUUAUCGACGUGGAGGAGGCGGACGGACAUUCGAAGAGCGUCGAGAAAUGAGAGAAGCCAAAGGACUUAGAGCCCGAAGUGACAGUGUGCCACAGUCUGGUGAAGGAGAUGAAGAACAGUCUGCUGACCAACCUCCCAAAGAAAAUAUUAGGAGCCCCAGAAGACCAAUGGGAGGAGAAGCUUCUCCUCGCGGUGCCCCUCGUGGAGGAAGCUCACGAGGCACUGGUAAUCGUGGAGGUGCAAUGGGUUAUUCGGGACCCCCUCGCGGUGGAGCUUCGCCUCGAGGAAGAGGAGCUAUCACUUCACGCGGCCGUCGUAAUGACAAUCCCAACUGGAAUCGAGGAGAUGAAGAAGGAGGAAAUAGUCGACCAGGACCACCUCAUCAGCCGUUCAACCGUGGCCCCGGUGCUUCUCAGGACGUGCGAAUGGAUCAUCGAGGUCCGUUUGAGGAGCCUCGAGGUCGAGGAAGAGGCAAAUUUGGUCGGCCGAUGGAUGGGAAUGCUGAUCAAGCUGUGGUGGGUGGAAUGGAGCAGAUGCGUAUCGAAGACCACUCUGCUCCGCGGAACCAAGAUGCGGCUCGCUCCAAGCGUUAUUCGUCCCAGCGACAGAGGAUGACUACUCCUCCUCCGGCCAAUGCUGGAGCUGCGCCCAUUCAACAGCCACCCUAUCCAGUUGCUGCCGGAGGAAGUGCAGCUUACUAUGCUUCCUACAACGAUUCGCCGCCACCCAACUACGUUUCGGCAGCUCCGGCUCCUCUACUUCCUAUGGCUGUGGCUGCUCAAGGUGCGCCUCCGACUUUCAUUACCCAGCCGAUCUAUCCCGCUGGUCCUGGCCCGGCUCCUUUCAACGCUGGUCCCUAUCAAGGCUAUCCUCCGGCUCCAGCUCCACCCACGGUACCGGUGGGCGUCCCCAUUGGUUCACCGACACAGGAUUACAUGUAUGGCGGUGGUACUAUGUACUACGAUCCAGGAAGACAACAGCCAAUUAGGCAUGGAAAUCAACCUACGCGGAGAGCUAAGGCUGCUAUACCCAUCGUUGCACCAGACAACGAAGUUGACAGUUAUUUAAUAUCUGGACGACGACUUAAUCAUGAAUAAUUAUUUCACUCACAAACCAUCAUUUGUCCUAUUCAGCCCAUAAAGAGUUCCGACGUUUCUUCUUUCUUUCUUGACUAAAUAUUUUCUUGUUUUGGUUAACACAGAUGCAGGGCAAAUUGACAAAUAAAGGUUUCUCUUCCUGUC